GGGAGAACAUCUUAUACUUUAUGCUGGUACAUAUAACUUGGUCAAACUCCUCAUUUGAAGUUUUGUUUGUAUUUCAAGUAUGAACACCGCCACAAAUAUGCCAUUGCCGAGAAGGCUCAUUACUACAAUGAGUUUCACAUUGCCUCGAUGAAGAAUAUUAAGCUGCAGAGCCAGAUUGUGUCGUCCAAAGCAGAAUCUAAGAAGAAGAAUGAGAUCAUCGCGGAGCAAGCGGAAGAAAUCGCUUACCUGAAGGAAAGUCUUCAACUCAAGCAAGCUGAACUUGAGCAGAGUAGAACAAAAGCCAAGAGGCAGCAAGAUCAAAUUACUACGCUGGAACAAAGUCUUCACGAGCACCAAGAAGAGCUCCAGCAGAGCGGGAAGAAAGUCCAAAUGCAGAUAUCUCAAAUUUGUACACUUCAGCAAACUCUCAAUGACAAGAAAGAGGAGUUGAAAUACAAUGAUCAGACCUUCCAGAGGCAGGAAGCUCAAAUCAUAGCACUGCAACAAACCCUACAGGACCGGAUGUCCCAACUCGAACAGAGCGAGCAGAAGGUGGAGGAGUUGGACGAGAAGUUUCAGAACUACAUCGAUUUAGCGGAGUUAGACAAGUCCAACGUUGAGAUCAGAGAGGAGAAGAUGAUGGAGGACCUCCAAGCGUGUCACGCCAGGUUGCGAUCAAUGGAGGAGCUUUACAAGAAGAAGAAGACCUCUUUCUGGUCUUUCUUUUGGACUGAAAGAAAACGUCUUGUAAGGGCUGAAAAUCAAGACAAAGAUCCAAACAAAAUGAAGGAAAAUGAGAAGGCUGAUAGGAGAGAAUUCCAUACCAUACUCAAGAGCCAGGCUGAAAUAAAUCUAGACGAAACGUUGGACAGGAAAAAGAAUGAAACUGUAAAACCUGUACGCCGAGUCUCCUUUAACUGUUGAGGCAGCAAUUGAAUUGCAAGUGAGUUUGUAAUUAAUGUAAGCGUAUUCUAGGCUGCUGUCUAUGUUAUGAGUGGGUUGUAUUCAUAGGAUGGCACAUUGUGUUGGAUUUCAUUGUUGUUAUGCAAAAUAAAUACAAGUAAAUGGAACUCUUCUUUGAAGAUAAUUCAUACAAAGUAAUUCAAUAAAUCUGAGUUUGCUCCUGAGCGUACUGCCAGCACUCCCAAUUACAACGAUAUUGUUGGUUUUCUUAUAUACAGUAGUUCUUUGGUCAAAUGAAACUGAUUUUUUUGUCGGUCUCACAUUUUUCAGCUCUGUUCACUCUGUUGAAAAUGUAGUUACUUAAACCCAAUCCAGCCCGUGAAGCAUGG